AUGGCUUCUCCAUCGGUAUGCGCAAGAACAGUCCGGAUUUCACUCUUUUCAUAUGGCCACGCCAAUGGGCCAGUGGUGCAACAGCAUAGGGAGGCCCAAUAUCAUAAAACCUUGGCUUACAAUAUUCGACAUUUGCCAAAUCCACCACGUCAUCUUCGACUCAAAGCAACCGGCCUAUCUCGGCGACUUCAGAAGGAGUUCCUCCAAAAUGAUAAUGUCGAGGCAUUCCUGGUAAAGGUCCAACGGGAGAUUUUGCUUGUAGUCAAAGAAGGAUGUGACCAACUAUUGUAUUCAACUGAGCAGGGUGAAACUAAACAAGGACCUGAGGAGGCCGAUAAGCACUCGGAUUCAAAUGCUCCUUCAAGCGAGGAGGUCGCCUUAGAAGGUGCAGGCAUUGAUAUAGCUGUGACAAUAUGCUGCGAAGAGGGUCGUCAUCGGAGUGUUGCGUUUGUUGAGGAACUGGCCCGAAGGCUGGCUAUGUUCAAAUAUGAGGACGGAUUUUCUCAGCACUGGCAACUGAUUAUUAACGUUACACAUCGUGAUAUUGGAGAUCUCGAAGAUUGCGAGCAGUCUUCAGGUCAGAAUAAGGGCUCAAACAAGACCCAAGCAAAGACUAGACAAAGGGAACGACGUGAAAAAGGAAAUCGUUAUAAGCCGCGUCUUGGAGACGAUUAUGAUGAGGACCAGGUUACUACCCAUUGA